CGACGGAAUCUUGGUCGAUCGCUACGACACUAGUCUUUUUUCAAGCUUAGUUGUCGCGCUGCUCAAAGUUAGUUUUCUUUGCAAAUAGCAACUGGCGGUGUGGACUUUCUUCCGAAACACGAGACAAGCUAGCGUGUGGAUCUUCUACAUUGCGCACUACCACCAAAAUACCUGUUCCGCCAUGGCGGAAACUUUACUUGAUGGCGCGCUCCAGUUCUGGGAGAACACGUGGCACGUUAAGCCAGAUCCAAGAAGUAUUGAUUGGCCGUUAGUACGCUCUCCGCUGCCAAUGAUAGUGUGGCUGGUGGUGUAUUUGCUGGCUGUUUUCUUCGGGCCAAAAUUGAUGAAGAACCGACAGCCAUUUGAACUGCGUGGGUUGAUGGCCGGUUACAAUCUGCUGAUGGUUGUGUGGAGCGGCUAUAUGAUGACGGAGCUACAUCUGGUCACCUAUCACCUUGACAACCGCUAUUGCACUGGUAUAGACUACAGCGACGAUCCGAAAGCCGUCCGCCUGGCUUCCGUCAUUUGGUUGACUUACAUAUCAAAGGGCGUUGAGUUUUCAGACACGAUCAUUUUCAUACUGCGCAAGAAGACUAAUCAGGUGACCUUCCUGCACGUCUAUCACCAUGCUGUCGUUCUCGUGGUGGGCUACAUGGCGGCCAGGUGGUACACGGGUGGAAUUUCCUGGUUCUGGCCAUGCUUCAAUUCCUUCAUCCACUUUCUGAUGUACUCCUAUUACUUUGUAUCUGGCUUGGGACCGCAGUUCCAGAAGUAUCUCUGGUGGAAGAAAUACUUGACCCUGAUGCAGUUGAUCCAGUUUUUGGCUGGCCUGCUGAUCAUCAUCUACAGCUUCUGGGCAGAAUGUGAUCACGCCGCGGAGUGGAAGGUCAUCAUGUUCUUGUACCUUGGAAGCUUGUUCGUUCUCUUCUCCAUGUUCUACCAGAGGAGCUACCAGAAGUCACCGAAAGCAGAGAAGGGCAAACAGAACUGAGGCUGUGAACCAUCGGAGGACCUUGGAAGGAAGGGUGGGAGGCGGUCAGGGCAUGGAUCUGUCUGCCCACUCGCUAUGCCCGUUGAGCCAUACAUGAUUGUUUGGAUGUUAUUUCUUAUCUACCUCAGCAGAACUUAGAACCCAGAGAUAUCGAUGAUCGAUUGCGUUGAUUUUAUCCUGAUAUUUAUAUUGGCAUAAUAUUGUUUGCACCGCUGAAAGUGUCCUUCAAAAUCUAUUUCCUCAGCACAGAAAACUAUGAGCUUUGAAUACAGUAGCAUAUUUAUUUCUAUAGCCAGAAUUAGAAGAAGGCUCAUAUAUCGUGUUCACGUUUCUCUUGUCUGAAUUGCUCUGUUCACAGAUUGUUAGGAUGAGUUCUAAAUUAUUUUACUCUCACAUUCUACUCUAUCAUGCAAGAGGCAGCUGACAGGAAUAAUUGCACAAGUGUCUGGUGAAUAAUCACAGCGUAUCAAAA